CGUGGAUGGAGAAGCCCCUUGCCGCUGCACACGUGGAUGGGAAUAUAUGUGGCAACCUGUUGAUAACGGAGUUAUGAUAAUGGAUAACUUUGUAGGAGUACAAUGACAAAAGUGACAGUAGACACAUUAUUGUUCUUGCCGACCGCGAAGACGGAGUAGUAGGCUACUGCAUACCCAUGGAAUUCAAACUUUUAGGAUAGUGGUAACAAACGUCUUAACUUUUAUCUAGUAACGUUUCGGUGGCCUACAAAGUCACACGUUUCUGUAAAUGUGAAACAAUAUCAGAAAUAAUACAAAUGUCAGUGCGCAGUGAAACAGUAGUCCUACUUUACAAAGCAAACAUUUUCGUUAUCAUCCAUGAUGAAACAAUAAUCGUACAGGUAGCCUAGUACAGUAUGAGGACACACCAGGUGUUGUCAGAGCAGACUGAUUGGAAUACAUAAAUAACUGUCAAACGUGCAAAUAACUGGUCGGUAGCUAACCAUUCACCAAGAAGAAGCCUAUGUGAAAUGGUCUCCACUUGCUUUACUUACUGGGAAGAGAUAACUUGAAGACAAUUCAGUUAAAGGCUCAGUUCACAAUGAAACUGCUGAGCUUACUUUGCGUUGUUGUCGGGUUGUGGAGGGUAUGCCUGACGAACAGAAACUGUCAGAACCUCUUCAUUGACAGCUGUCAUUGCUCCUCCGAGAGGUCCAAGGAGUUGGGCAGACAAAAGUUCCGGGUGAAAGUGGUGUGUGAUGAUGUGGAAUUACUGGACACUCUACAACCCAGUUUCUUACCCAACAAAACAGUUUCCCUGAUCCUCAGUAACAACAAGAUCUCACUGCUGAGAAACGCAUCCUUCUUUGGCCUGACAAUCCUAGAGAAACUGGACCUGAGGAAUAAUUUGAUUAGCACGGUGGAGCACGGGGCCUUCCGUGGACUGAUGGCUCUUAGGAGACUGGAUCUGUCCAACAAUCGGAUUGGCUGCCUCGCUCCUGAAAUGUUUGUAGACCUUGGCAAUCUCUCUAAAUUGAAUCUAUCUGGAAAUAUUUUUUCCUCCUUGCCGGUGGGAUUAUUCACACACCUCCUGUCUCUCAAAGUCCUGCACUUCUCUACAGAGUCUCUGUUCUGUGACUGUCAGCUGGAGUGGCUGCUGCCGUGGGCCAGGGCAAACGGCGUGCGUCUGGGCAACGACACCCUGUGUGUUCAUCCCACACACCUCCACGGCCUGGAGGUCCGCAACCUGAGGGAGACACAGCUCAGAUGUGAUGGGCCUCUGGAGCUGCCCCUGUUCCAGCUGAUCCCUUCCCAGAGACAGGUGGUGUUCCGUGGGGACCGGCUGCCGCUGCAGUGCACUGUGUCCUACCUGGACCCCUCAGUCACGCUGCUCUGGCGCCACAAUGGCCACGUCGUCCACAGCAAUGAGGACAGGGGCGUCUACGUAGAGGAUACCCUGGUCCACGACUGCUGCCUGCUCACCGGCGAGGUCGUCCUCUCCAACAUCAACCACAGCCUGUCUGGCAUCUGGGAGUGCCAGGUGACCAGUUCCCGUGGCAACAUGUCCAAACAGAUGGAGAUCCUUGUGUUGGAGACGUCAGCACCCUACUGCUCAGCAGACAGGGUCAACAGCAACAAGGGAGACUUCAGGUGGCCAAAGACCCUGGCAGGGAUACUGGCCUUCCUGCCCUGUGCUCCAUCCACAUUUGGCUCUGCCCCUCACCCUUCUGGUGCCGCUUCACACCACCUCACUCAGAGGGAGAAGAAGGCCUGGCGACGCUGUGACCGGGCAGGCCGGUGGGCAGAGGACGACUAUACCCAGUGCCCGUAUGCCAGCGAGGUGACUCGCGUACUGCACGAGCUCACCCAGAUGACCAUCAACACCAGUAAUCCCCAGCCGUUAGCCCAGCAGCUGGUAGCCUUCACCAGCAGGGCAGGGGACUUCAGCGAUGUGAUGGACGUCAUCUUUGUCACACACCUGGUUGAGAGGCUGACUCGCCUUGUGGACCAGCGUAGAGAACUAGGGGACUAUAUCUCUGACAUAGCCAGUAACAUGAUGCUGGUGGAGGAACACAUCCUGUGGAUGGCUCAGAACGAGGCCAGGGCAUGUACGCGCAUCGUUCAGUGUGUGGAGCGCAUCGCCGACUUGGCUCUCACCAUAGACACGCAGGUCAUUUCAAAGGUGUCCCCAAACAUAGCCCUGGAGGCCUUUCUGAUCAAGCCGUCUAACUUCCAGGGUCUUUCGUGUAUGGCAGUACAGAGAGCCCCCCUGCCACCCAUCUCUGGUCAGAGGGCCGAUGGGACCCAGGAUGCCAUCGGGGACACACUGCUCAACUUCAAAUGUCACACGGUCAACGGCAGCGGCUCCCCCGCAAGCCAACUCAGCAAGGUACAGGACAUAGAAAUAGAUGACUUGAUAAUAAAACAUUGA